GGAGGUGUUGCAGUGGAAGUGGUGCUGGCAUGAGGCUCUCUGGAUGGGUUCCAGGGUUGUUGGCUCCCCCAACACUGCCACAUCACGCACAGCAGUACACGAGGGUGUGGAUCCCUGACCCCGAUGAAGUGUGGUGCUCAGCUGAGUUGACCAAGGACUACAAAGAGGGAGACAAGUGCCUCCAGCUCAGACUGGAAGAUGAAACUACGCGAGAAUACCCCAUCGACGUCCAGAACAACCAGCUGCCCUUCCUCCGGAAUCCAGAUAUCUUGGUUGGGGAGAAUGACCUCACUGCCCUCAGCUAUCUCCAUGAGCCCGCAGUUCUGCAUAACUUGAAGGUCCGCUUCCUGGAGUCCAACCAUAUUUACACCUACUGUGGUAUCGUGCUUGUUGCCAUCAAUCCUUAUGAACAGUUGCCAAUCUAUGGACAAGAUGUCAUCUACGCCUACAGUGGCCAGAACAUGGGCGACAUGGACCCUCACAUCUUUGCCGUGGCAGAGGAAGCCUACAAGCAGAUGGCCAGAGAUGAGAAAAAUCAGUCCAUCAUAGUCAGCGGGGAGUCUGGAGCUGGGAAGACCGUGUCGGCCAAGUAUGCCAUGCGUUAUUUCGCCACUGUUGGUGGCUCAGCCAGUGACACCAACAUUGAAGAGAAGGUCCUAGCAUCUAGUCCUAUCAUGGAGGCCAUUGGUAAUGCCAAAACCACUCGCAAUGACAACAGCAGUCGUUUUGGGAAGUACAUUCAGAUCGGCUUCGACAAAAGGUACCACAUCAUUGGGGCCAACAUGAGGACCUAUCUGUUGGAGAAGUCCAGAGUGGUCUUCCAGGCAGACGACGAGAGGAAUUACCACAUCUUUUACCAGCUCUGUGCUGCUUCCAGUCUUCCAGAGUUUAAAGAGCUAGCACUGACAUGUGCAGAGGACUUUUUCUACACCUCCCAGGGAGGAGACACGUGCAUCGACGGUGUAGAUGAUGCAGAGGACUUCGAGAAGACACGGCAAGCCUUCACACUGCUUGGUGUGAGAGAGUCCCAUCAGAUGAGCAUCUUCAAGAUAAUCGCAUCCAUCCUGCACCUGGGAAGCGUGGAGAUUCAGGCUGAGCGUGAUGGGGAUUCCUGUAGCAUAUCAUCCCAAGAUGAACACCUGAGCAACUUCUGCCGCCUGCUGGGAGUGGAGCAGAGUCAGAUGGAGCACUGGCUGUGCCACCGCAAGCUGGUCACCACCUCGGAGACCUACGUGAAGACCAUGUCCCUUCAGCAGGUGGUGAAUGCCCGCAACGCCCUAGCCAAGCACAUCUAUGCCCAGCUGUUCGCCUGGAUUGUGGAGCACAUCAACAAGGCCCUGCACACUUCCCUCAAACAGCACUCGUUCAUCGGUGUCCUGGACAUCUAUGGGUUUGAGACCUUUGAAGUGAACAGCUUUGAGCAGUUUUGUAUUAACUACGCCAACGAGAAGCUCCAGCAGCAGUUCAACUUGCAUGUGUUCAAACUGGAACAAGAAGAAUACAUGAAGGAGCAGAUUCCCUGGACCUUGAUUGAUUUUUAUGACAACCAACCCUGCAUUGACCUCAUAGAAGCCAAGCUGGGGAUCCUGGACCUGUUGGAUGAAGAGUGUAAGGUCCCUAAAGGCACUGACCAGAACUGGGCACAGAAGCUGUAUGACCGGCACUCCAGCAGCCAGCACUUCCAGAAGCCACGCAUGUCUAACACCGCCUUCAUUGUUGUGCACUUCGCCGACAAGGUGGAGUAUCUUUCGGAUGGUUUCCUGGAGAAAAACAGAGACACGGUAUACGAAGAGCAGAUUAACAUCCUGAAAGCCAGCAAGUUCCCACUAGUAGCUGACCUGUUCCAUGAUGACAAGGACCCUCCUGCUGCCACCACUGCUUCUGGCAAGGGAUCGUCUGCAAAGAUCAACAUUCGCUCUGCCAAACCCCCUCUGAAGGCCUCCAACAAGGAGCACAAGAAGACUGUGGGUCACCAGUUUCGCACCUCCCUGCACCUGCUCAUGGAGACCUUGAAUGCCACGACGCCACACUACGUCCGCUGCAUCAAGCCCAACGAUGAGAAGCUGCCCUUCCACUUUGACCCAAAGAGAGCGGUGCAGCAGCUCAGAGCCUGUGGGGUGCUGGAGACGAUUCGCAUCAGUGCAGCUGGCUACCCGUCCAGGUGGGCCUACCAUGACUUCUUCAACCGGUACCGGGUACUGGUCAAGAAGCAGGAGCUCGCCAACACGGACAAGAAGGCCAUCUGCAGGUCCGUCCUGGAGACCCUCAUCAAGGACCCUGACAAGUUCCAGUUUGGCCGCACCAAGAUUUUCUUCCGGGCAGGCCAGGUGGCCUACCUGGAGAAGCUACGUGCUGACAAGUUCCGGGCUGCCACCAUCAUGAUCCAGAAGACCGUGCGUGGCUGGCUGCAGAGGGUGAAGUACCGCAGGCUGAAGGGGGCUGCCUUGACCCUGCAGAGGUACUGCCGAGGAUACCUGGCCCGCAGGCUGGCUGAGCACCUGCGGAGGACCAGGGCAGCCGUGAUACUACAGAAGCAGUACCGCAUGCAGAGGGCACGUCAGGCCUACCAGAGGGUGCGCCAGGCCGCCAUCGUCAUCCAGGCCUUCACCCGGGGCAUGUUCGUGCGCAAGAUCUACCACCAGGUCCUCACAGAGCACAAGGCCACCAUCAUCCAGAAGCACACGCGGGGCUGGAUGGCGCGCAGACGUUUCCAGCGGCUGCGAGCCGCGGCCAUCGUCAUCCAGUGUGCCUUCCGGAGGCUGAAGGCCAAGCGGGAGCUCAAGGCCCUCAAGAUCGAGGCCCGCUCAGCCGAGCACCUGAAGCGCCUCAACGUGGGCAUGGAGAACAAGGUGGUGCAGCUGCAGCGUAAGAUCGAAGACCAGAACAAAGAGUUCAAGACCCUGUCGGAGCAGCUGUCGACAGUCACCUCAAUGCACGCCGUGGAGGUGGAGAAACUGAAGAAGCAGCUGGCACACUACCAGCAGAGCCAGGAUGGGGACGCCAGUCUGCGUCUACAGGAGGAGGUGCAGAGCCUGCGCUCGGAGCUGCAGAAGGCACACUCGGAGCUCCAGGUCCUGGAGGAUGCCCACAGCAGGGAGAAGGACCAGCUGAGAAAGCGUGUAGCAGAUCUAGAGCAAGAAAACGCUCUCUUGAAAGAUGAGAAAGAACAGCUUAACAACCAGAUCCUGGGCCAGUCUAAAGAUGAAUCUGCCCAGAGCUCCAUGAAGGAGAAUCUGAUGAAGAAGGAGCUGGAGGAGGAGCGGUCCCGGUACCAGAACCUGGUGAAGGAGUACUCCCGGCUGGAGCAGAGAUAUGACAACCUGCAGGAUGAGAUGCAAACCCCAGGCCACAGGCGGAACCCGUCAAACCAAAGUAGCUUAGAAUCAGACUCCAAUUACCCCUCCAUCUCCACAUCUGAAGUCGGAGACGCCGAGGAUGCCCUCCAGCAGGUAGAGGAGAUUGGCCUGGAGAAGGCAGCCAUGGACAUGACGGUCUUCCUGAAGCUGCAGAAGAGAGUGCGGGAGUUGGAGCAGGAGCGGAAGAAGCUGCAGGUGCAGCUGGAGAAGAGAGAGCAGCAGGACAGCAGAAAAGUCCAGGCAGAGCAACCAAAGAAUGACUUGGAUUUGGACCAGGAUGCAGAUCUAGCCUACAACAGUCUGAAGAGGCAGGAGCUGGAGUCGGAGAACAAGAGGCUGAAGAAUGACCUGAACGAGCUGAGGAAAGCCGUGGCUGACCACGCUGCCCAGGACAACUCCACGCGCAGCUCCCCUGACAGUUAUAGCCUCCUGCUGAACCAGCUCAGGCUGGCCAACGAGGAGCUGGAGGUGCGCAAGGAGGAGGUGCUCAUCCUUAGGACGCAGAUCAUGAGUGCCGACCAGCGCCGGCUGGCUGGCAGGAACUUGGAGCCCAACAUUAAUGCCAGAACAAGCUGGCCCAACAGCGAGAAGCAUGUGGACCAGGAAGACGCCAUUGAGGCUUAUCACGGUGUCUGCCAGGCAAACAGGUUGCUGGAAGCACAACUACAGGCCCAGAGCCUGGAGCACGAGGAGGAGGUGGAGCGGCUGAAGGCCCAGGUGGAAGCCCUGAAGGAGGAGCUGGACCGACAGCAGCAGACCUUCUCGCAGACACUGCUGCUCUCCCCAGAGGCCCAGGUGGAGUUUGGUGUCCAGCAGGAGAUGUCCCGGCUGACCAAUGAGAAUCUGGACUUCAGAGAACUGGUUGAAAAGCUGGAGAAGAAUGAGAGGAAGCUCAAGAAGCAGCUAAAGAUUUACAUGAAGCGAGUCCAGGACCUGGAAGCUGUGCAGGCGUUGGCCCAGAAUGACCGGAAGCGCCAUGAGCUCACCAGGCAGGUCACAGUGCAGCGGAAGGAGAAGGACUUCCAGGGCAUGCUGGAGUACCACAAGGAGGACGAGGCACUCCUCAUUCGGAACCUGGUGACAGACCUGAAGCCCCAGGUGCUGUCGGGCACUGUGCCCUGCCUCCCUGCAUACAUCCUCUACAUGUGCAUCAGACAUGCAGACUACACCAACGACGACGUCAAGGUGCACUCCCUGCUGACUUCCACCAUCAACGGCAUCAAGAAAGUUCUCAAGAAGCACAAUGAUGACUUUGAGAUGACAACGUUCUGGCUGUCCAACACCUGUCGCCUCCUUCACUGCUUGAAGCAGUACAGCGGGGAUGAGGGCUUCAUGACUCAGAACACGGCGAAGCAGAAUGAGCACUGUCUGAAGAACUUUGACCUCACAGAGUACCGACAGGUGCUGAGCGACCUCUCCAUCCAGAUCUACCAGCAGCUCAUUAAGAUUGCCGAGGGCCUGCUGCAGCCCAUGAUAGUUUCUGCCAUGUUGGAGAAUGAGAGCAUCCAGGGUCUCUCUGGCGUGAAGCCCACGGGCUAUCGGAAGCGCUCCUCCAGCAUGGUGGAUGGAGACAACGCCUACUGCCUGGAGGCCAUCAUCCGCCAGAUGAAUGCCUUCCACGGGGUCAUGUGCGACCAGGGCCUGGACCCCGAGAUCAUCCAGCAGGUGUUCAAGCAGCUCUUCUAUGUGAUCAAUGCGGUGACCCUCAACAACCUGCUUUUGCGGAAAGAUGUGUGCUCUUGGAGCACGGGCAUGCAACUCAGGUACAACAUCAGCCAGCUUGAAGAGUGGCUGCGGGGAAGGAACCUUCACCAGAGUGGGGCAGUUCAGACCCUCGAGCCUCUGAUCCAGGCGGCCCAGCUCCUGCAGCUGAAGAAGAAAACUCAGGAGGAUGCAGAGGCCAUCUGCUCCUUGUGUACCUCCCUCAGCACCCAACAGAUUGUCAAAAUCUUGAAUCUUUAUACUCCCCUGAAUGAAUUUGAAGAACGGGUAACAGUGGCCUUUAUACGAACAAUCCAGGCACAGCUGCAAGAUCGGAACGACCCUCAGCAAUUGCUGUUAGACUUCAAACACAUGUUUCCUGUUUUGUUUCCAUUUAACCCAUCCUCUCUGACCAUGGACUCCAUUCAUAUCCCAGCUUGUCUCAACCUGGAGUUCCUCAAUGAAGUGUGAAGUCAGAGACUUCCAACAUGAACUUCAGUCCCAGUGAGAGCAAGAAGGAAGUAUAUGCAGAAAAGUGAAUUCAGGGAUCUAUUUAAGUUAAUGAAAGUGGGUCAAAUCAGAGCCUGGCAGCCUGUGGAGAGUGCUGAACUACACAGAAAAAACCACGCCCACGUCGUCAUUUUUUGUACCUACUGCUCAGAAUAAAAACACUUGAAAUACGCAAGAUUUUUAAGGUGGAUUGCAGUCUAAACAAACACAUAUAAUCUACAGUCAACACCAAGAAGUCCCUGUGGCCAUAUAAAAGAUGCCAGUUCUAUAAAAAAUGGAAGCUGCCUAAUUUUGCUAUUUGCAUAUAACUGGAGAAUGUCAGUUAAAACAAUAUUAAAAGAUAUAUAAGUCAUGUAAAUUGCCUUUAAAUGAUUUUUAAUAAAUAAAGGUACUGCUAACUUUGACAAUAUA